AGUGCAGGCUGCUGUUAGGCUCACAAGCAACUGACUACAGCCUUUUGAUCACUUCACUGGUAUUGCUCUGCACAAAACUGGCUCAGAAAGAUGAAACUCACAGAAUCAGCUUUCAUGCUUUUGAUCUGCACAGCUGCACUGCUGUCCACAACAGAGGGUAGACGCCUACAUCUACGAUGCAAAUGCCCUCAAAUACAUUCAGGGCCAGCAAUUCCUGCUGAAAAAAUACUCUCAUUGAGGGUUUUUCCUGCUGGACCACACUGCAAAAAUGAUGAGAUCAUUGCCAAAAUGAAGAAAGGACAGACGUGUCUUGAUCCUACUAAAGACUGGGUGAUUUCUCUCAACGAAGAAAUCAACAAGAGGAACAUCAAGAGCCAACAAUGAAUGAAUAACAGUGUUCAAAGAGCGACUGAAGAUACUGAUUCAACUAUUACUGCAAUAUAGAAUUUCUAAUUUUUUCAUCUCUGAGUGAUACAUGAAGUAUUGAUUGUAAAAAAAAAAAAUGUUCUCUCACUACCACCUGUUUAUUUAAGGUCUUCAUUAAUUUUAUUUAAUUAUAUUUAUUGUAAUUGUGUUACUGAAUUGUUAUUUUCUAUACUCGUAUAGCUUUGUAUUGUUUUUUAAAUGAAGGCACACUUUAAAUAAAAAGUGUCAUAAUGGA